UCUGAGAUAGAUAAGGCUUGAGUGCUUCUCCCUGUUCGUCUUCUCUCCCUUUCCUAGCAAACGGAGAUUCCUUCCUUUGUAAGCACAAUCGAAACCCUAAAUCGCAGCCCUACCUCAAUUAUUUAACACAGUCGAAAACUUACCUCUUCUAAUUUACUUCACCUUCCAUUUUCAGAUUGGGGAAGAAGAAAGAAAGAGUAUUCGACAAUGGCGACUACUGCGUACAUGAGUCUGAAUUUGGUUGGGGCAUUUAGAGGACUUUCUUUAUCCUCCAGCUCAUCCUCCUCUUUUUUUAAAGGAGACACGAGGAUGGCCAUCAAUGUAGGACCGAGGUCGUUCUCCGUAUCAGUGCCACAGAAGUUGCCGUUCCCUCUCACGAUCGAGUCGGCGCACAAGAAGGGAGCGGGAAGCACCAAGAACGGCCGUGACUCGAGGGGAAAACGGCUCGGCGUCAAGAUUUUUGGAGAUCAGGUCGCCAAGCCCGGCGCCAUUAUAGUCCGCCAACGCGGUACCAAGGUACGUCGAGUGUUCGUGCUUAGGUUUUCUAGUCAUUUCUGGUCUUUGGUUCCGUACGAUAAUAAUUACGGGCAUGAUAGGAAGAAGGUGAGUGUCUACCCACGAGAAGUGCAGCCAGAGAAUCCCAACAGCUACAGGGCAAGGAAGAGAGAGUAUUUCCGUCUCCAGCGCGAGCGAAAGAAGGCAAGACAGGAAGGCAACGUUGCUCAACCGCAACUUUUAUUGGCUUCUGCUGCCGAUACCACAGAAAUUAACUCGGUUUGUUGAUCAUGAAUUUGCAGACAGUCUUCUUUUCCUUUAAAAAUGUAACUAUCCCUUAAACUUAUUUGUUUAUCAUUUUUUUUUUUUGCUUUAAAUGGGAAUAUAGGAUUGAAUUCAUUGGAUUUUCCGUUUUAGCUAA